GGAACUUUAUUAGCAUCAAAAUGCCACUUUAAGUCUAUAUGAAAAAGCCAAAAUGGUAAUUAAACAGAUAUCGUUAUACGGAGUUACCUCAACAGAAAAUGUUACAAGUGGGCUUCUGGCGGGGAUGGCGUCAGGGUGAGAGAAAGCAACGUGUGUCAUCCCAGUGGCCUCUGUGUCAUUAUAAGCAAGGAAAGCUCAAGAAGGCGCUGGCUGUCCCUCAGCAUUCAGCUGGACCAUUGGAGGUCCCCAGGCUCUGAGUUUCAUCUCUGCCGCUUGCGGGGUCCCCAGGAGGAGCAUCUGUCUGUAGGAAGGUAGUAUGAGCACACCCAUCUUCUAGAUGAGCAAACAGACCCAGAAAGGUAAUUGGCCCAAGGUCGUGCAGCUAGCAAUAAGAUUGGAACCCUGGCUGUUUGGCAACCAGAUCUGUGCUCCUGAUCAGGAUGAUGACUUUCCUAACUCUUUGACUGGAUUAUCAAUGCCAAGUUCCGUUUUUCAACCUGAGAAAACAUCAGUUAAGGAUAGACAGCAUCACCCUCAGCAUCACUGCCGCCACUGCCGUCACCACCACGCGGGGUACUAGUGUGCACGGGGGCUGCCAUGACAUGGCAUCACCACAGACCGAGCAGCUUGAAUGACAGAAAUGCACUGCCUCACAGUCCCGGAAGCCGGAAGUCCAAAAUCAAGGAAGAAGAUGUUAAAAACCUUCAGCAACUAUCACGGUGAUGGAUCUCUGUCAGGAAAAUGAGGCUGAGUUAGAAAACAGUGAAAACGAUGAGACUCAAAGCCCAGAAAAAACGGAAUUCACCUAUACUUGCCCAGAUGAAAGAAGCGAGAAGAAUCACGUUUGUUGUCUUCUCAACAUCAGCGACAUUACGCUUGAACAAGACGAAAAAGCCCGUGACUUUGUCAUCAGAACUGGAUGGGAAGAAGCCGUACAAGGCUGGGGAAGGACAUCUCCAACCGCCUGCAUCUGGUCCAGGAAGAAGCUUAAAAAGGCGAGGGUGAGAGAAAGUGCCAGCAGCUGCUUACUCUGUGUCAGUCUCUCCCAAGGGAGUUCUGAGGCCGGGCCUCAGUCGGAGGUGGGGAAGCUGGGGUCCGUGGGUCUGGAGAAGGCUCGAGGCAGCCCCUCCCAGACUCAGGGGACCCGCCAAGGCCCCACAACCGCCUCCAGGGAGAUUAGCAAGGUCUGCUUUCCCACUUCCAGUCAGGGAGAGAAAAAAAGUCUGCAAAUAAAGGAGUUUAUUUGGUGCAAGGAAGACUGGGCCACCCCUGAGGCUAUUAGGGGCAAGGGCCCGGGCCAAGGUCCCUCCAUCUCAGACUCCUUGACUUCCAGGGCCCUUUUAGUCCUACCUCCCCUGAAGGCUUCACCCCCAUACGGCUUGGAUGUUCUGGGUAAGAAGAGUAAGAACUUUUUCUUGCAGCCAGAAGAGAAGGUGCUGAGUGUGGAAAAGGAUGAGUGUGUGGCUUGUGCGUGUGGACUGAAAAGGGUUGACGGGAAAGGUGAAAAGAGACCUGUUGAGCUGGCCAAGCACCCUAAGGUCAAUGACACAUUGCCUUUCCCUCCCCGGGCGGCCCCCGCAUCCCUGCUGGCGGAUCACGAGAGGGGCUGCCUGCACUGGUCCCUCCUGCCUGAGAGACACCUGGUGUGCCCUCCCAAUCCCGGCAACGUGCGCUGUCUGGCCACCGUGCAGCUUUUGCAGAAACAGGGGGCGCAAAACUACAAAGCCAAAUUCAAAGCCAGGGAGCCAAGACCUGCCGUGAACACCCAAAAGCUCGUUCUCAUGGAGGCCAAGCAGGAAAACAGGCCCAAAACGUUGGAGACCAAAGUGUUCCCGAAAACUCUCUUGCCCUCCCUCACAGUGAGCAGAGUUGUUAUUCCUGUCUCCACUCACAGACUCCUCUGAGUUGCCACAAUAGAAUUCCCUGGGAAUGACCACUGUUUGAAGUUCAUUCAUCCUCUCCCUGUCUCUCUCCCGCCCCGUCCCAUCCUUCUUUUCUGGCGUACUCUUUCCUCCCACCCUCCCUUCCCGUCCUUUUUUUGGUAGUAGAACCAGGGGAAAUUGAACCUCACUGUAUGGGUUCUGAGUUAUUCUCAAAGCUCCCAUAUGUAUGUGUCACCUGCUUCUGCUGCCUGGCCACUUAUAAAACGCAAACAGGUAAUGCCAUUGUUGCCUCUGCCUGCCUCGUCUCUCUACUCCCCGCUGGAAGCCAUGUGGAUGGCGGGGACUCUGAAGGGCCGUCCCUCAGUGAUGCCCAUGUCAGCCCUGAGCCAACUGGCAGGGGCUCUCUCCUCCCCACCCCAAUGCCUUAAGCUUAGUGUAAGGGCUUGUUUAGACCACAUUAUUUCCUGAUCUUUUGAACCAAGCAGAUAUCGAUUUGUUGCUUCAUUUUCUCUUGCAACAAAGAUCUGGAACAUUGCUUUAAUAGAUAACUCCAGCCUAUGUCCAAAUGAAUAUCCUUGUGUCCAAGGUGUCCUAACCUUACAUCCAUGGAUAUACCAUAUCCACGACAUCCUGCGUGUGCCAGGGUUUCGUAUACUUAUAGCCUCGUGCUAGUCUCCACGUCUGGAACAGUUUUAGCCACAGGUCUAUAAAGUCCAUCUUGGGAAGCAGGUUAAGAAUAAUUUUUUUUUAAAUGUUGCUGUGAUUAUUAUUGCCACCCUUCAAGCUUCCUCCAGCCUUACCUUCGUCUAAUAUUUGGGAACUGUACAACUCCAGACAGACACGGAAUAGGGAUGUUACUUUCUCCCUUCCCCUGUCCUCCUUUUCCCUCAUUUUACCCCAAUGCAUAUUUCCCAAAGUUGUAUAUAAAUUAAGCAUUUGUAAAUGAGUUAUAUUUUAAGUGCCAAGUGACCACGCUAUGUAGAGAAAUGCUCUGAAAAACCAUUUUGUAAUAUGAGUAACCACUUAGCUGCUCUGUAAUUACGUAGUUUGCAUUUGCUUAAGAUAGGUUGUACUUGGAACUCUGGACUUCCUGUCCCCCCACAUGAUGGGUGGACAGAACAUAUGACUGUGUUUGUAAACAUCUGCUUUGGUCUUUGUAAUGUCUCUAGUUUAGGUGUUUUUUUCUUUUUCUGUUUCGUGGUUUUUGCACAACACUGGACAUGCAGAAAUGGUUGUAGUACAGCGGUCAUUAAAAGGUGUAUUUUGCCUACA